GAGAACCUUCGCUAUCCGCCCAUCAGCUGCCUUGUAAGAGUCUGACUAUUAUCACCAUAGGCCAAAGCCCGUCACAGACUCUGCUUUAUUUUAUUUGUCUUCUGUGUUUCUUGCUUGAUCAACAAUCCACCGUAAAAAAGGAAACAAAAGAAAAAAUUGUUUCCUCUUUAUUUUUUUUUUCCUCUCUUAUCAUUUCAGUAUCGCUCAAAACCCCACAAAAUCAAAUCGAAUCAUGUAAUUAUAUCAUUUCUUGAUCGAAAAACGAAUUGGGUCUCUGUUUUUUUCUUGGUUUUCUUUUCCCGUUCUUUAAUAUUUGGUUUUGUUUAACUCGGACACUAGUGAGUUAUAAUCGAUGACGGUGACGGCGAUGGCGGCUUCCUGUUUGGGUCCUGAUGAAGGGGAUGAUAAGGUGUGGCCACCAGGGUUUAGAUUCCACCCAACGGAUGAGGAGCUUGUUCUUUAUUACUUGAAGAGGAAAAUCUGUAGGAGACGGCUACGGCUCGAUGUCAUCCGUGAGGUUGAUGUCUACAAGUGGGAUCCCGAGGAAUUACCUGGACAAUCCAUAUUGAAGACAGGAGAUAGGCAAUGGUUCUUCUUCAGUCCAAGGGAUAGGAAGUAUCCUAAUGGAGCAAGGUCAAAUAGGGCAACUAGACAAGGGUAUUGGAAAGCUACAGGUAAGGACCGAAACAUCUCUUGCAACUCUAGGAAUGUUGGAGUGAAGAAGACCCUAGUUUUUUAUGGAGGCCGGGCUCCUAAUGGUGAGAGAACUGACUGGGUGAUGCAUGAAUAUACUUUGGAUGAAGAGGAACUCAAAAGAUGCCAAAAUGUCCAGGAUUAUUAUGCACUCUACAAGGUUUACAAGAAAAGUGGACCUGGUCCUAAGAAUGGUGAGCAGUAUGGAGCACCAUUUAAGGAAGAAGACUGGGCUGAUGAUGAAUAUGCGGUUGUGAAUAACUCUGAUACUCCUGUUAAGCAGCCUAUUGUUGUCAUUGCACCAGUUGAUACCAUAAAGGCUGUUGCUCAAGUGGAGCAACCAUUAAAUGAUCUUGAGGACUUGAUGAAACAAAUUGCUGAUGAAAAUCCACUCCACCAGCCCCAAAUCAGUGAUUAUGAUUAUACUAGUGGACUACUACAGGUUGCUGGUGAAGAUGAGACGCAAAGUACAUUGGUGGAUCCAUCCUUCAGAGAAGUUAUCUUUCCUGAGCCAAUCUCUCUGUCACCUACAAGUGUCCAGCAGGAAAGCUUGGACUUCAACGGGUCAGCUACCUCGACAUUUCAGUUGCUUGAGGUGCCCGAAGUUGCAUCUGGUCCUCAUAGCUCUGAAGGGGCACAGCAACUUUGUGAAGAUGAUUUCCUGGAAAUUGAUGAUCUCAUUGGUCCAGAACCUACUUCAUUGAACACCGAGAAAACUGCAGAGAACUUGGGGCUUGAUAAUUUUGAUGGACUGAGCGAGCUUGAUCUGUACCAUGAUGCUGCCCUCUUUUGGAGUGAAAUUGGGCCUGUUGGUCAGGACACAGUUUCAAAUGUAAACGAAGUUGGUUUCCACUUGCAGUCCCAUUCAAUGGCAAAUCAGGUGGACUGCCAAUUACAGCCACAUUCAGCAGUAAAUAAUGUGGAUUACUUGCAGCCACUAGCAUUUGGUGCAGCUCAGCUAUGGGUGGAUGAUCAGAGAAGCGAUGUCCAUACUAGAGAAACAAUUCAUGGGACUCUUUCUCAACCAACUCCAGGUGUCACAUAUGAAUCUUCCAAUAAUCCUACCGGAGCUAAUGAAAAUCAAAGUGGUGGAGAGGAUGAUGGUACUACUGGUUGGUUCUCCUCUGCUUUGUGGACAUUUGUGGAGUCAAUACCUACUAAUCCUGCAUCAGCUUCCGAGAAUCCUUUGGUUAGUAAGGCUUUCGAGCGAAUGUCUAGCUUCAGCAGAAUGAGACUGACCGUCAAAAACAAUAAUAUCAAUACUGAUAAUCUUGUUGGUAGUGAUCGUGCUGCAAAUUCAAGGAAAGCUAGUGGAACUAGUAGGGGUUUUCUUAUCUUAUCUAUUCUUGGAGCAUUAUGUGCCAUCAUGUGGGUUUUGGCCGGAGCUAGAAUGCUGGGGAGAGCUAUCUUCUCCUGAAAUUAUAUAUAUGGGAAGUUUUUGUUUGUCUGGGGCACUGGUGUUGGGGAAAUUGAGAAUAGAAGCUAAUCCAUUAUUUAGUUUCAAGGAUUCCAAUAUUCAAACGUAAAUUUUGAAAUGCAAAGACGAAGUUUUUGUCAUUAGGGAGGGGUAAGUGCUCCAGAUAGCAACAGGAGGCUACAUAUUUCCUUUAUAUUGUAUGUCAAUCUUGAUGCGUAGCUGCUUAUUUGUGUGUUCUUUGUACAAUUGUCCACGUUCGCUAUUGAUUCAGUUCAGGUUCUAGUGUCUCUGGGUUGUGUACAUAUAUAAAAAGGGUGGGGUGUUAGGAUUUUGUUGUCCUUGUGGUUAUAUUAUGAUUAAAAUUUUCUUGAA